UUCUGCUUUGUAAACAUCAGGUGAAAAGAGAAGUGAGUGCAAUGCUGAUCUGUAAUCUGUGACAAGUGCAGCACUGCCAUGGUCUUGUAUAAAAUGUCCACCAUCUGGGUUUGUUCUACUGUUCUGCUCAUUGGCUGGGUUUUUACACAGGAUCAGCCACACUGGCCUACGAGUGAGAUAAGACACUCUUGUAACUGGACCUGCAUGCUCUUCACACUGCAGUGGCCAGGAAGCUUCUGUCUGAACAUCGACAAAAAAAACAUUUGCAGGAUACCGGAGAAUAUCCAAGACUGGACCAUCCAUGGCCUUUGGCCUUUGAAGGAUCAUUACUGCUGCAACUGUUGGCCAAUAUUUCAUUCUCAUCUUCAGGAAUUGGAGCCAGAAAUCUCUCAGCUUUGGCCUUCAUUAAUAAAAACAAGGAGCAACUUCAUAUUCUGGAAAGAUGAAUGGUUUAAACAUGGAACAUGUGCAGGCUGUGUGGAGAACAUGAGUUCUCCUUUUCUCUACUUUAAGGCGGUUCUCAAGCUCCGACUCCUCUUCGGUGUUGAUACCUUCUUGGAAAAAGCAGGCAUUAAACCAUCCUGCAAUGUUUCAUAUAAGUAUGACGACCUGCACGGUGCACUGAAACCACUGCUUGGAGAUAACUUUGUGUUACAGUGCGUGAAGGAUGAAAAGGAAAGGGAGGCAUGGCUUCAAUUAAAGAUCAAUGUCUCAAAGAAUGUGACUAUUGGAUGCCCUGCGGCAGAGAAACUCGAGAGCAGCAGAGUGACGAACACUUCUUCUGGACACCCCUGUCCCAGGAACGACACCAUUUUCUACUUCCCUAUAAACCACAAGCAUCCGCAACAACCAUGCACCUGAACACAGCAUUAGUCAGUGUUCUCACUGGUAGCGACGGAGAGGCUUUCAAUGCCACUCUGAGUAAUCUGCUUAUAUGCUAGUCAGUAAUACAUACAGUUUAAGACUAAAAGGAAAAUAAUUAACCAUGAUGAAAGAAUUUCUAAAGCCAAACUGCAGGUUUUUUUUCCUUUUAUUGUCAUGUAAUCCAUUUGCCAAAAAGCAAGACAGUGGUGAUGAUCUAUAGCCACUAAAACAACACUGACUAAUAAAAAAAAAGCAAAUCA